UGUGAACUUCAUAAUAGUAAAACGUUUUUAAAACCCCAUUAUAAUAGAAUAACAAUUAUUAUUUCUGCCUUUUAAAUGACAAUAUUUAUCAGGUAGUUGCUGUAACUACAGAUGCUUGCAGACAUUUACAUUGACACAUUUAAUGGUGAUUUUUUUUUUAACAUUACUGUGGUCUUAAAGUAAUUAAUUUUCAUAUUUGUAACAGGUUGAAUCAUGGGUGAUGCUGCAAUGAAGGAAUUUGGGGUCGCUGCUUCUUAUUUGAGGAAAUCUGAUAGGGAGCGUCUGGAGGCCCAGACUCGUCCAUUUGACAUGAAGAAGGAGUGUUUUGUACCCGACCCUGAGGUUGAGUACGUUAAGGCAUCUAUAAUCAGCCGUGAAGGUGACAAAGUCACUGCUGAGACUGAAUUUGGAAAGACCGUCACUGUGAAGGAGUGUGAUGUGCACCCUCAGAACCCGCCUAAGUUUGAUAAAAUUGAAGACAUGGCCAUGUUCACCUUCCUUCAUGAGCCAGCUGUGCUGUUUAACCUCAAAGAGCGUUACGCAGCAUGGAUGAUCUAUACCUACUCYGGGCUGUUCUGUGUGACUGUCAACCCCUACAAGUGGYUGCCGGUCUACAACCAGGAAGUGGUCGUUGCCUACAGAGGAAAGAAGAGRAGUGAAGCKCCUCCUCACAUCUUCUCCAUCUCUGAUAAUGCCUACCAGUACAUGCUGGCAGACAGAGAAAACCAGUCAAUCCUCAUCACUGGAGAAUCUGGAGCUGGAAAGACUGUCAACACCAAACGUGUCAUUCAGUACUUUGCCAGCAUUGCUGCUGUCCCCAGUGGGAAGAAAGAUGCUGCUGCGGAAAAGAAGGGCACCCUGGAGGAUCAAAUCAUCCAGGCUAACCCUGCUCUGGAAGCCUUCGGUAAUGCCAAGACCAUCAGGAACGACAACUCCUCCAGAUUUGGUAAAUUUAUCAGAAUUCACUUUGACAACAGAGGAAAGCUGGCCUCUGCUGACAUUGAGACCUAUCUUUUGGAAAAAUCACGUGUGACCUACCAGCUCAAAGCUGAGAGGGACUACCAUAUUUUUUACCAGAUUUUGUCUCAAGUAAAGCCUGAACUACUGGAGAUGCUGCUCAUCACCAACAACCCCUAUGACUACGCCUUCAUCUCCCAAGGAGAGACAACUGUAGCCUCCAUCAAUGACUCUGAAGAGCUGCUGGCCACUGAUGAUGCCUUUGAUGUGCUGGGCUUCACUCAAGAAGAGAAGAACAGUAUUUACAAAUUGACUGGUGCCAUCAUGCAUUUUGGUAACAUGAAGUUCAAGCAGAAGCAGCGAGAGGAGCAGGCAGAGGCCGAUGGAACUGAAGAUGCUGACAAAGCAGCUUAUCUGAUGGGCCUGAACUCUGCUGACCUCAUCAAAGGUCUCUGUCACCCGAGAGUCAAAGUAGGAAAUGAGUGGGUCACCAAGGGACAAAAUGUUGCUCAGGUGUACUAUGCUGUCGGUGCACUGUCUAAGGCAGUGUAUGAGAGGAUGUUUCUGUGGAUGGUGGUGAGGAUCAAUCAGUCCUUGGACACAAAGCAGCCGCGCCAGUACUUCAUUGGAGUGUUGGAUAUUGCUGGAUUUGAGAUCUUUGAUUUCAACACUUUUGAGCAGCUGUGCAUCAACUUCACCAAUGAAAAACUGCAACAGUUCUUCAAUCACCACAUGUUUGUGCUGGAGCAGGAAGAGUACAAGAAAGAGGGAAUUGAAUGGACUUUUAUUGACUUUGGUAUGGAUCUGCAGGCCUGUAUUGACCUGAUUGAAAAGCCUAUGGGUAUCAUGUCCAUCCUUGAAGAGGAGUGCAUGUUUCCCAAAGCCACUGAUACCACCUUUAAAGCUAAGCUUUAUGACAACCACCUGGGAAAAUCCAGUAACUUCCAGAAGCCUAGAGUUGUUAAAGGAAAACCAGAAUCUCAUUUUGCCCUGGUUCAUUAUGCUGGAACUGUUGAUUAUAAUAUCAACAACUGGCUGGUGAAGAACAAGGAUCCUCUGAAUGAGACCGUUGUUGGACUGUACCAGAAGUCUACCGUCAAGUUGCUUGCUACCCUCUUUGCAAAUUAUGCAGGGGCGGAUUCAGCUCACGAAUCUGGUGGAAAGAAAGGUGGCAGCAAGAAGAAAGGUUCUUCUUUCCAAACUGUAUCUGCACUGCACAGGGAGAACCUGAACAAGCUGAUGACCAACUUGAGGUCGACUCACCCUCACUUUGUGCGCUGCAUCAUCCCCAACGAGACUAAGACUCCUGGGGCCAUGGAGAACCCUCUGGUGAUGCACCAGCUGCGCUGUAAUGGUGUGCUGGAAGGCAUCAGGAUCUGCAGGAAGGGCUUCCCCAACAGGAUCCUCUAUGGAGACUUCAAGCAGAGGUAUCGAAUCUUGAACCCAAGUGCCAUUCCUGAGGGUCAAUUCAUUGAUAACAAGAAAGCUUCAGAGAAACUCYUGGGUUCUUUAGAUAUCGACCAUAACCAGUAUAAACUGGGACACACCAAGGUKUUCUUCAAAGCUGGUCUGUUGGGUCUGCUAGAGGAGAUGAGAGAUGAUCGAUUGGCUUUAAUCAUAACCAGAAUCCAGGCAAGAUCCAGAGGUGUUCUGGCAAGAAUAGAAUUCCAGAAGAUUGUAGAACGUAGAGAUGCACUACUUGUGAUCCAGUGGAACAUCCGAGCCUUCAUGGGGGUCAAGAAUUGGCCCUGGAUGAAGAUGUUCUUCAAAAUCAAACCAUUGCUGAAAUCAGCAGAGACUGAGAAGGAAAUGGCCAAUAUGAAAGAAGAGUUUACCAAACUGAAGGAGGCCUAUGCAAAAUCUGAGGCUCGUAGAAAGGAACUAGAGGAGAAAAUGGUCUCUCUUCUCCAAGAGAAGAACGACCUGCAGCUUCAAGUCCAGACUGAGCAAGAUAAUCUGUCUGAUGCAGAAGAACGAUGUGAGGGGCUGAUCAAGAGCAAAAUUCAGCUGGARGCAAAAAUCAAAGAGCUUACAGAAAGGCUGGAGGAUGAGGAGGAGAUGAACUCUGAACUGACAGCUAAGAAGAGGAAGCUGGAGGAUGAGUGCUCUGAGUUAAAGAAGGAUAUUGACGAUUUAGAACUAACUCUGGCCAAAGUUGAGAAAGAAAAGCAUGCCACUGAAAACAAGGUAAAAAAACCUGACAGAGGAGAUGGCUGCUUUGGAUGAAAUCAUUGCUAAGCUGACCAAGGAAAAGAAAGCCUUACAGGAAGCUCACCAACAAACACUGGAUGACCUGCAGAGUGAGGAAGACAAAGUCAACACUCUGACCAAGGCCAAGGCAAAGCUGGAGCAGCAAGUGGACGAU